AUGAGCCGGAGCCCGCCGUUCGGGGCCCGCAGGGGCAGCUCCCCGCGGGCGGCGGGCGGCGCGCGGCGCAACGAGAGCCGGGACUGCCUGCUGCCGGACGCGGGCCCGGCGGACGACGGCGGCGCGCAGCCCCCCGCGCCGCCCGCCUGCGGCUACUACCCGCUCCACUGGGGCGCGGACAACAGGCUGACGCACCGGCGACAGACCAUCCUCCGGGAGAAGGGGCGGCGGCUGGCCACCCGCGGGCCAGCCUACAUGUUCAGUGACCGCUCCACCAGCCUGUCCGUGGAGGAGGAGCGCUUCUUAGACGCAGCCGAGUAUGGCAACAUCCCCGUGGUGAGGAAGAUGCUGGAAGAAUGCCUCUCCCUCAACGUCAACUGUAUGGAUUACAUGGGCCAGAAUGCCCUGCAGCUGGCAGUGGCCAACGAGCACCUGGAAAUCACAGAACUUCUUCUCAAGAAGGAGAAUCUCUCCCGGGUGGGGGAUGCCUUGCUUCUGGCUAUCAGCAAAGGCUACGUCAGGAUUGUGGAGGCGAUUCUGAGUCACCCCGCCUUCGCCGAAGGCAAGCGGCUGGCCAUCAGCCCCAGCCAGUCUGAGCUCCAGCUAGACGACUUCUAUGCCUACGACGAGGACGGGACACGCUUCUCGCACGACGUGACCCCAAUCAUCCUGGCCGCCCACUGCCAGGAAUACGAGAUCGUGCACACCCUCCUGCGGAAGGGGGCGCGCAUCGAGCGGCCCCACGACUACUUCUGCAAGUGUGGCGAAUGUAACCAGAAGCAGAAGCAUGACUCCUUCAGCCACUCCAGGUCACGGAUCAACGCCUACAAGGGCCUGGCCAGUCCUGCGUACCUGUCGUUGUCCAGCGAAGACCCGGUGAUGACGGCAUUAGAACUCAGCAAUGAGCUCGCCGUACUGGCCAACAUCGAGAAAGAAUUCAAGAAUGACUAUAAGAAGCUGUCAAUGCAGUGCAAGGAUUUCGUUGUUGGGCUCUUGGAUCUGUGCAGAAACACCGAGGAAGUAGAGGCCAUCCUGAACGGAGAUGUCGAAGGGUGCCCGGGCAGCCGAGACCACGGUCGGCCUAACCUCAGCCGCUUAAAACUUGCCAUUAAAUAUGAAGUUAAAAAAUUUGUGGCUCAUCCAAACUGCCAGCAGCAGCUCCUCUCCAUCUGGUACGAGAACCUUUCCGGGCUGCGGCAACAGACCAUGGCGGUCAAGUUCCUCGUGGUUCUCGCCGUUGCUGUCGGGCUGCCCUUCCUGGCCCUCGUUUACUGGUUCGCUCCUUGCAGUAAGAUGGGCAAGAUCAUGCGUGGACCUUUCAUGAAGUUUGUGGCACACGCCGCCUCCUUCACCAUCUUCCUGGGACUGCUGGUCAUGAACGCAGCGGACAGGUUUGAAGGCACCAAACUCCUUCCCAAUGAAACCAGCACCGACAACGCCAAGCAGCUGUUCCGGAUGAAAACCUCCUGCUUCUCAUGGAUGGAGAUGCUCAUCAUGUCCUGGGUAGUAGGCAUGAUAUGGGCUGAAUGUAAAGAAAUCUGGACUCAAGGGCCGAAGGAAUACUUGUUUGAGUUGUGGAAUAUGCUUGAUUUUGGCAUGCUAGCAAUCUUUGCAGCAUCAUUCAUUGCGAGAUUCAUGGCAUUCUGGCAUGCGUCCAAAGCUCAGAGCAUCAUAGACGCCAACGACACGUUAAAGGACUUGACCAAAGUUGCCCUGGGAGACAAUGUGAAAUACUACAACUUGGCCAGAAUAAAGUGGGACCCCUCUGAUCCUCAAAUUAUAUCUGAAGGCCUUUAUGCAAUUGCUGUGGUUUUAAGUUUCUCAAGAAUAGCUUAUAUUUUACCAGCAAAUGAAAGCUUUGGCCCUCUGCAGAUAUCACUUGGAAGAACAGUAAAAGACAUCUUUAAGUUCAUGGUCAUAUUCAUCAUGGUGUUCGUAGCCUUUAUGAUCGGAAUGUUCAACCUCUACUCCUACUACAUCGGUGCAAAAGAAAAUGAAGCCUUCACAACAGUCGAGGAGAGUUUUAAAACACUGUUCUGGGCCAUAUUUGGACUUUCUGAAGUGAAAUCAGUGGUCAUCAAAAAUAAUCACAAAUUCAUUGAAAACAUCGGUUAUGUUCUCUACGGCGUCUAUAAUGUUACAAUGGUCAUUGUGUUGCUGAAUAUGUUAAUCGCAAUGAUCAACAGCUCCUUCCAGGAAAUUGAGGAUGACGCCGAUGUGGAAUGGAAAUUUGCAAGGGCCAAGCUCUGGUUUUCCUACUUUGAGGAGGGAAGAACUCUUCCUGUUCCCUUCAACCUGGUGCCGAGUCCAAAGUCCUUGUUUUAUCUCUUACUGAGGCUUAAAAAGGGCAUUUCUGAGCUGUUCCAGGGCCAUAAAAAAGGUUUCCAAGAAGAUGCAGAGAUGAACAAGAGAAAUGAAGAAAGGAAAUUUGGAAUUUUGGGAAGUCAAGAAGAUCUUUCAAAAUUAUCACUUGACAAAAAACAGCUUGCACACAGCAAACAAUCAAGUAUAAGGAGCUCAGAAGAUUUCCAAUUAAACAGUUUCAACAAUCCUCCAAGACAGUAUCAGAAAAUAAUGAAGAGGCUCAUUAAAAGAUACGUGCUAAAAGCCCAGAUCGAUAAAGAGAGUGACGAGGUCAACGAAGGGGAACUGAAGGAGAUUAAACAGGACAUCUCAAGCCUCCGUUAUGAACUCCUUGAAGAAAAAACGCAGAAUUCAGAAGACCUAGCAGAACUUAUUAGAAAACUUGGGGAGAAAUUAUCAGUGGAACCAAAUCAAGAGGAAAGCAAUAGAUAAUGCUGACUCCCUUUAAAAAUUCAUAUUUAUUUGUCCACUUGAAGCCAUAUUAUUUUUCCAAUUUAUUUUUUUAAGUGCCAGUGUGACCACCUUUUAAACGAGAAAAUUCAAAGAUAACUUGAAUCACCCUAUUCUCUGGGACCCUGAUGUUUAAAUUCUUGGUGAUUAAAUAUCAUUAAGUUGAAAGCUACAGAUUAUGGCGAAAGUUGAGCCCAGCUGUGGUGCUUGUUUUGUAAACUUUCUUGGGUA